AUGCCCCCAAAGAAAUCCGUCACAAAGAAAACAACAACUGCCGCCAAGACCGCAAGGAAACCGGCCUCCAAGAAGGUCCAAGACGAGCCCAAGAAAUCCUUCAAGGAAUUGAUCACAGAGGGUCUCAAGGAAUUGAAAUCUCGUAAGGGAACCAGUCGUCCUGCUUUGAAGAAGUUCAUUAAGGAGAAGUACCCAACGGUCGCAGAAUCUAGUUCGUUCGAUCAUUAUUUCAAUUCCGCCAUCAAGAGAGGGGUAGACGCUGGUGAAUUUGACCAACCAAAGGGCCCCUCCGGGACUUUGAAAUUGGCCGCCCCUGUCAAGAAGGAAGCUUCUCCAAAGGUCGAGGCAAAGCCAAAGAAAAUUGCUGCUGCCACUACCACGAAGAAGACUGCCUCUGCAGGUAAAGUGACAAAACCAAAAUCCAAGAAGACUACGACUGUGAAGAAGGCUCAUGCUUCCGCUGCCGUUGCUGCCGCCGCUGCCUUAACCUACAGAGAGAUGAUCAUUAAGAGUGUCUUGUCGUUGAACGAGGGGAAGGGAUCCAGUCGUCCAGCCUUGAAGAAAUACAUCAAGGACCAGUUCUUAAAGACCGAUAAGAUCAACAACAAGUUUGACUAUUUGUUCAAUUCAGCCCUAAAGAAGAGUGUGGAGAACGGGGAAUUGCAACAACCAAAGGGCCCAGCUGGGAUCGUCAAGGUCUCCAAGAAGGGUAAGUCUGCCAUCUCCGCCUGA